ACCCCUGUUAAGAAAUUUUGACCAGAACGCGUUUUACGCCGCGGGUCGGGACUAGAUGAUUUGCAAAUAUACAAAAUCGACUUCUUUCUUAUGUCAACAGUGUGUCAGACCGAAAAAAUGUUGAAACGGGUUUUUUUCGUGCACUACAACAACCAACAUCGCCCCUAAUGAAAGCGAGGCAGUGUAAACACAACUCCAGGAACAUGAAAAGAUCGGGUGACAGUGAGGGGGAGAAGAGAAGAAAGAGGCGUAGGCUACUGCAGGAGUUGGGAGAAAAGAAGAUCCCUUUUCUGGGACCUUCAGAUCGAGGUUUUCAGCAACUGUGGGAUUCCAGCUACUCUGGCUUGGUGUUGAGGAAAUCGUGUUCGCUUCCUGCUGAGCUCCACAGCCGGGUCCAGGCGGCUCUGCUCACCCUCAGAAAGAAGGGCUGUCUGCUGAAGGAUUUGGUCCGUGUCCGCGACCGAGACGUGUUCACCGCUGUGUCGCGUGCGCUGCUGGGUGAACCCGGCCACACCUACCGAUAUCUGGACACACGGCUCUUUGCCAUCCCCUGGCACAGCGAGGACGCCGAGGUCAAAGGACAAAACUGCUGUGAUCCCGAUUUGAGGGACGCUUGCAAAGCAUUGUGGGAGCUUAACACAUUCCUCUGUUCUGAUGUGUCUCAACUGAAGGAGGGAGACCAGUUUUCACAAUGUAUGAAGGCCGAAGGGGAAGCAAAGCUAGUUGAAGAGGGUGAGACAGAGUCUAAACACAGUGACGACUCCAAGAAUAGUGAAGGAGGGGACUCGGAGUCCAGACAGAGCGAGGAGGGGGACACCGAGUCCAAGCACAGCGAGGAGUGGGACAUUGAGUCCAAGCACAGCGAAGAAGGAUGCUCUGGGUCAAAACAAGAAGCAGGGUGGGAGACUGAGGAGGGUGAGUCCUCCCAAGUCAAACCAAGUGAAAGUAGUUUUGCAGGAGUUUCAGAGCACAGCGAAGGAAAAUGUCCCGGCUGGACAACGGAGGCCUUCAGUGGGACAAAGCCUGAACCUGUGGGACUAGAGGCUCAGGAGAAGCCUGUGGCUCAGCUAAAGCACAGCCUGUCAGAUUACCACAUUCAGGAUAAAGAGGAACUUGCAGGAGGGCUGGGCUGUUCUCAGCCUAGUCCCCCACAGGUGUGCACCGGUCCAGUCAAGUUCAAUGUCACCUUACUGAACUACAUGGACCCCGCACAAAUGAGCCACCUCAAAGAGGAACCGUACUACGGCAUGGGGAAAAUGGCGGUAGGGUGGCACCACGAUGAGAACCUGAUCACUCAUUCACCAGUGGCUGUUUACAACUAUAGUUGUCAUGACGACAAAGGUGAGUGCAGCGAAGGCAGCAGCGUUGAGAAGUCAUGUUGGAGGAUCGGCCUGAAGGUGGCCUGGGACAUCCACACACCUGGCCUGAUGCUGCCACUGGAGUCCGGAGACUGCUACUACAUGAGAGAUGACCUGAACAGCACCCACCAGCACUGUGUCCUUGCUGGAGAAACGGCACGUUUCAGCUCAACUCACAGAGUGGCCGAGUGUUCUAAGGGGACCCUGACCUACAUCCAGUCACGGUGCCAGGAGGCCCUGUCCAACCUGCACACUGACCCCGAGACGGGCUCCCACAGCCUGGUGACCCUUCAGCCGACAGCAUUACAGCACUGUGAGGAGAUUCACAAUGAGGUGGAGUUCGAAUGGCUGCGGCAGUAUUGGUUUCAGGGCCAGCGUUACGCCCGCUUCUGCAGCUGGUGGACCCGACCGAUGGAGCAACUGGAGAAGGACUGGAAGCUCAUGGAGACCAUGACCAUGCUUUUCCUGGCUACUGUGGAGGAGGAAGGCCAAGCCGAGGAGGGACGAAGGGAAAUGGCCGAAACCCUUUUGUCUGCGCUGACAGACAGGCACCAGCAGAGGCAGACAUGGAGAGACAGGUGCCACUCGAGUCUGGCGCAGACGUUACCCCCCGAGGAGGCCCCAGUGGACCGACCCUUCUGGGGUGUGGAUGACCCCGGCAUGCCUCUGCCCUUUGAUCUGGCUGAUAUCAUCAGCAGAGUGGAGUCACUGCUGUGGAGGAUGUGAAGGACAGAUAAAGGAACUAAGGAUGAAAGAAAUCAACCCACCAGCGUCUCUGAAUGGUCCCCACUUCAGUUUGAGGAGACUGACCACUGAUGCUACAUUUAUUGUGAUUCCAUCAUGGUUGGAUUCCUUGUGAUUGGGGCAUCUACAUCCUUCCCUUCUCUUUCACCCACCGCUAUCUCUGCCGAUAUUGGCAUUCCGGUCACUCCAACUUGGAUUUGUCUGGGAGCAAAAACCAGACCACCACCAUAUAUACAGAGUAGUGCUUCAGUAACAUGCUAACAACGCAGAGCUUAGCAUUGAGCUACUAGUAUCACAACGGUCUAACAAAACAUAUGUGGAACCUACAUUUCAGUGUUAGCAUACAUUGUGUAACUAUUUAUUAUUUCUGUGUACUCUGUUGCUUAAUCUCAUGUAAUCCAAACAUGCUUUUAUCAAUGGAUUGACUCAUCGGUAGUCACAGUACAUCCAUAUAUGCUUUCUGCUUGUCUCACAGUGUUAUGAUACAGUAUAGAUUGGUAAGAAAACUCACUUUGGUCACAUGGUAUUGCAUUCUUCACUUGUGUAUAGUGUUACCCCGUUUAAUUGUGUUCAGAAGUGGAAUGAGCCUGAAGAGACCAAAGAAAGACUACGAUAAGAAAGUUCUGAAUGUCAUCCGGUGGAAAACAUGAAGAACGUGUCGUGUUUGUGGUGCAGUGGCGUGCUUGUGCCAUUUUGCUUUGCGAAUGUAAUUUGCGUGUGUGCGUGCGUGUGUGUGUACAUUUACCAAUGCAACUAUCCAUGUGAUCGGUUGUUGACUUGUGUGUGUGUCUUUUUUUUUUGUGCACGCUCUCUCCCCCACAUGCCUACAAAAAGGGGUGAAUGUGUGAAUGUGAUAGUGUGUGUGAGCCCUGCAGGACGCCUGCUAGUUGUUUGCUCUUGAAGACGAAGAAACGGGGAGCUGCAGAAGAGCCCCUUCUUCCUCUGCUCUGAUGAAAGGCAGCUCUGAUAGAAUGACCCGGAACACAACCGCCGUUUCUCAUAAUUACAGCUGUUCAGUCGCUUUUAAUUACUCUUAAAGCGUGUAGAGCACCACGUUCCCCUGUAAUGCUGCGGGCCAUCCGAGAGAGCGAGGGAAAGAUCCGGAGCUUCUGACAAAAUCCACUUUCAGAAAAGCUGCAAAAACGGGUUGAGGAAGAGGGCCGACCUCAAAGUGAUUUAUCGGCUCAGCUAGUUUUAUUUCUCUCUCUAUCUAAUUCAUGACGAAGUAGAGAUGCUGUUUGCUAUUAAAAAUGCAAAAUGCACUCCUUUUUUUACUUCUAAGGUUUUUUCCAAGAUGUUAAUGGUUGCCAAACACUGUUCUUCUUACUUCUUCUCUUUCAGCGCUUUUUGUUGUUUGUUAUUGUCGGGGAGAUUGUUUUGUAGAUCAGCAGCGGUGUUGACUUGUUUGAAUCACUCUGUGCUCCCAGCGCCUCAGCUUGUAUGUCUGAAGCAGUAGGAAUGGCAGUAAAUAAAAAAGAAAUGUGUUUUAUCCAA